GCCGCACUGUUUUCUUUAAAUUAACUUAUUUUCCAUCAAAACGCUCCCUUCAACACACACACACAAAAAAGGUUCAACUCUCCUGUUUCCGGAAAACUCAGGGAUUAAAAGAGUGCUACUUUUGAGGUGUUGAAAAGAGGCAGAUUUUAAAGAUAAUUGUUAGUUUGUUACUGACAAUUUUAAGUUCCAAAAAGAAAAAUGCCAAAGGAUAGAAGAGUCGGUUCCUUAUCUUUUCAACGCUCUAGGAUCUCUCCUUACCCGUGUAGUUCUAAGGACAGGGAUGCUAAGCAAUGCCACCCGGAUAAUCCAUUGGGAUUAGGAUUUGGAUCAGCUGAGGAUGUUAAAGAGUGGGAGGAUGCAAGGUGCCCCAUUUGCAUGGAACACCCACACAAUGCAGUACUUUUGCGGUGUUCUUCCUUUGAAAAGGGUUGUCUCCCUUUCAUGUGCAAUACAAGCUACCGCCAUUCAAAUUGUCUUGACCAGUUUUGUAAGUCAUCGUUGUCGUCUCCUUCCACUGCUGUGUUACAGGAAAUUCCUUUGGGAAACCCGACCUCUACUUCCAUUGGUUGGAGGAAUCCACCUUUUCACUAUCAUCAAACCGAUGCGGGUAGUGAUAUACAGCAGAAGCUUUUUUGCCCUCUUUGUCGAGGAGACAUUUACGGCUGGAGUGUUGUAGAAUCAGCUCGUCACUUCAUGAAUUCCAAAGUCAGGAGUUGUUCUUCUGAGACAUGUGAUUUCGGUGGGACUUAUAGUGAACUUAGAAAGCAUGCUAGGUCUGCUCAUCCUUUAGUCCGGCCAUCAGAAGUGGAUCCGGAACGACAGCGUGAUUGGACUAGGUUAGAGCGCGAAAGGGAUUAUGAGGACAUGCUUAGCUCAAUCCAACCAGUUGCUGGGGAAGAAAGUAAUGGAGAAAGCCUUUCAGAUCUGGAGGAUUUUCGUUCUUGGUUAACUAUAAAUCUUGCAUACUUGACACUUGCGCUCGAGUUCAUCAGUGAUUCUAGGGGUAUUGAAGAUGAUAAUUUUAGGAGGAGAUUGGGGAAUAGGAGGUUUAGGUAUGAUCGAGAGUCUGAUCAUGGUACUAGGGAGAAUAAUAGUUCUGCAUUUGAUCAACCACUCCUUGGUCACCGCAACAAUCCUAUGCCAGAAGAGAGACUUCCAGGUAGACACCGUGCCUCACAGGGCAUUCUCCAAUGGAGGAAUAGCAGUUCAACAUCAGAUAGAGUUUCCCAAGGUAGGCGCCGAAGCUCACAAGCUGACAGAACACGUCGAGGCCAAGGUGGAUUGCGGUGGCGAACACCAAGAUGGUCCUCCAAUAAUGGGCAGUGAUUGGAGCUCAUUGUUUAAUGAUUCUUGUUGUCACAGGUACAAAAGCUUUUGUGCUCAGUUUUAAUAUUAACUGUUGUUUCUCUAGCUGACUUUUUAGUCCUUGUUCUUUUUUAUGCUUUGUGUUUUUUGCAUUGCAGAUGGAAAUAAAAGCAGGGGUUAAGGGUCAGUGUUUAGGUUUAUUAAGUCGUGUUAGACUUUGAAGUAGAAAGUGAAGUCCCUGUUAUCCCUAUUUUGUUCUUUAAUUUAUUUGUCACAGAAACAAUGUUUUAAUGUUAAGAACAUCAAUUUCGUCUGUGUAAAUGUUAUCUACUUCUGCAAAA